AUACAAAGAACCUCUCUCCAUCUUUCUUUCUCACUGUCUUUCCAAGGAACAAAUCAUCUUCGUCAAGUGCAAGCCACUACAAAGCACUUCUCUUUCCCUUCAUAUUAUAUAUACAUAAUCCACAACAAGCACCAAUCUCCACUGGCGUAGAAGCAAUUCCCAUUCUCCUUCUCCUUCUCCUUCUCCUUCUUCUCUAUCCCCUUUUUGCCAUCUCUAAACCUCACAAAGUCUAUCCUUUAUCCCUUGUAUAGCAGUACAUGAGGGCGUGGAGUAAAGCUUGGAGCGAAGCUGGGAAAGGCCGGGGAGUUUCUCGGGAUAUUGGAUUGUAUCAAUGAAGUCACUGCCGCCAUUGGUGCCGCCGCGAGCUGGACCGGAGGGAUGAGUGAAUCGGCUUAUCGUGUUGAGACUGCGCCUCGCCUUGCCCAAUGGCGUGUCGAUGCUUUAUCAUCCACUACUUACCGCAAGUCCGAUCCUUUCCGGAUCGGCCUCUGGAACUGGUACUUGACAGUGGAGAAAAAUAAACAGUUGUUUGUGAAGCUGUAUCCUGAAGUAUCAAGCUUGACAAGGGAACAACCUCCCAUUGUAUCAUUCAUUAUCAAACUCAUCUCCAUCUCCUCUCCCAAUCGCAGAACACUCGUUCACCCUGGAAUUAGUGACAAGCUGCUGAAAAACAAUGAUGAUUUUGUGUGGGCAAUAGAUAUCCUCUUCAGUGGCAGAUUCAUCAUUGAUGUAGAGUUCCUUGACAUCAAGAUUGUUCCACAAUCUGGAGGAGAGCCUUGCUCAAUUUGGACUGGCUAUCAUGUGGAGAAACAAUCGGUUGGGACUGCACUUACCUCUUUGGGCCGGAUGCUUUCUGAGGGUAUCCAUACUGAUAUCAUCAUCAAUGCUGCUGAUGGCACAAUUGGUGCACAUCGCUCAAUCCUUGCUACAAGGUCCCCUGUGUUCCGGAGUAUGUUCUCCCACAAUCUCAGGGAGAAAGAGCUCUCCACAGUGAACAUCUCUGACAUGUCUUUUGAGGCCUGCCAAGCCUUUUUCAACUAUAUUUAUGGCAACUUCCAGGCUGAUGAGUUCCUGGCUAAUCGCCUUGCUCUCCUCCGAGCAGCUGACAAGUAUGAUAUCUCUGACCUCAAGGAAGCUUGUCAUGAGAGCCUUCUAGAGGACAUUGACACAAAAAAUGUCCUUGAGAGGCUUCAAACCGCUCAUCUUUACCGCUUGCCAUUGCUGAAGAGUUGUUGCAUGAGGUAUCUGGUAAACUUUGGCAAGAUUUAUGAGAUCCGUGAUGAUUUCAAUACCUUCCUUGAAAACUCUGAUCGAGAACUAAUUGCUGAUGUCUUUCAUGAAAUCCUAGCUGCCUGGAAGGGCUAAUACAACAAAUUUCUAUUGUGUGGGUGUGUGCAUUUGUGUGUGAGUAAUAUUGUUUAGGGUUGUGACUAUGUAUAGAUGGUUUCUCCAAAAGAUUGUACAGUAUUUGUUUCAUUAAACGGAAAGCAUUCUUUGGGGUCAA